GUCCCAGUUUUGCCACUUCAUGUCUUCCUGCACCCACCAACUGCACCAAGUCGCGCGAGUCAAUUAAUAACCAACCCUUACUAUCACCGCGCCUGUCCAGCGCCCUCGGGCGUCGUUGGAUCCAUCUCGGGCUCAUUUUUUGCUCUUGUUGCAGAGGACCUUCAGGAUGUCGAACGUGGAUGACCACCCUGCAUUACCCGGCCUUCGAGAUUAUUCUGGUGAAGAAACAAGCCUGCAGGGUGUCAGUGAGAUUUUAGCGGUGGUCAGUCAACUGCAAGACGCCAAUGUUCCAUCAUGCGUAAUCGGAGUGAAGGCAUUGCGCUACUACGGGGCCGCCAGAGUAACUGAUGAAUGGGACCUUUGUAUCCCCGAUAACAAGCUGGAGGAAGCCCGCCAUCUUCUUCUCUCCGCCGCCGAUGGAGCGAAGUACGAAGUUGCCCAAGGCCCCUAUCCCGUACCCUGGUCUCGGCGCCAUGCCUUCCCCUGCUUCCGCCUAAAGGGUUACAAUUUCUGGUUUAUCCUGGUGCCAUCGUCCGACUGCUUUGUCGACCCGUCGAUCGCCAGUCACGUCGAGAAAAGCAGAAACGGCGUCCCGUAUGCGGCCUUGGUCCAGUUUUCUCGCUCGCUCCUCUUGCAGCAGAUGGUCGCCGACAUCGCUGAUUUCAUCGACGGUAUGGACCUCACCGUUGACUGGGGAGCUGAAAAUAUUGGCUUCGCAACGCUUCAGGAGCAGGGUGCUGCGUUCAUCGAACGUAGGAACGAACAGGCCAUGGCUGAUAGCGGGCGGUAUGGCUUUCUUUCACCGCAACCUCUGGAGGAGCUGUGGGACGAGAUGGCAAGUAAGGAAGCAAAGGAAAGGCGUAUCGAACCCAUGAAGCAGGGCCGUUACUUCACCCGCUGGAGGAGAAUCAAAUCUCCGGAGGAUCCUAGGACCAAAGACCGUCCAGUCUAGACGGUGCUGUAUUACAAAAAGGCCUCUUGUGAUCACCUGUGCAGUUCAUAACUUCUCUCGAUUCAACACCCCCAGUCAUAUUAGGGUGGCAAGAGGAACAAUUGUCUGCUAUUAUGUGAGGUAUAUACACACGCUGUCAUUCUUGUC